AUGGAACAAAGAAAUAAAAAGAUAAGAGCCAUCCCAACUGUUGAUCCAAGAACAACAGAUGAAAUAAUCAACGAAAAACUUGCCAAGGAUAAUGAAAAGGAAAUUGAAGAAACAAAAGAAGAAAUUAUUGAUAAGAAAAUAAAAAUUCAAAAGUAUACUGGAAAUAAAAGACCAUAUUUUUAUGAAGAACAAAUGGAAAUUUCUAGAUUAGAAAAUGAAAUAAAGGAUUCAGAAGAAGAAAUAAUUGAAAAGUUACAUUUAUUAAAAAAAAAAUAUCGUGCCAGAGAAAUCCAUGCCAUAUCGCUAAGAAAAAUGCAAGAAGAAAUUGAAGAAUCGGAACAAUCCUUUGAAAACGCUCAAGAAGAUUAUGAAAUCAAAGAAACCAAUCUUGAAAUUGAAAAAUCAAAUUAUAACGAAUUAAGAAAAGUAAAUGAAAAGCUAUUUGAAAUUAUUAAAUAUGAAACCAAUGUUAUAAUUGAAGCCAUGAUCAAAAAAAAAGAAGAAAAGGAAAAAGAUAUAAAGGAAAUAGGAAAAAAAAAUGAACACAGAUAUUUAAAGAAGCAAGCUUUCGAAUCAACUUUGCACCAAUAUGUAGUAAAACAAAUCGAGAGAUUACAAAUGCAACUAGUUCAAAAUAUUUUAUCAAAUUUUAAUAACUAG